GGUCUGUACAAGUUACUUGACCUUGGAAAUCACCUUUUCAUUUUGUUCUCAUUAUACUGAACAAUGCCCCGAGCUUCUGGAAAUCGAUUUGUCCGGCCGAACAAUGAAAACGCCCCCGUCUCUCCUCCACACGAUUAUCCAGCCAGCAGCAUGUUCUCACCGGCCCUAAAUACUAGUACUACUAUGAGUGGUGCACAACCCUCCCCAAACCCUUGGGCAACCUUUGGUGGUAUGGAUAGUUUCAAUGAAGCAGCCAUGGGCCAGACCGGCCCUGGCGCGUUUUCGAGACCAGUCCUCGGAUCAGUUACCAUGGGUGCGGCUACCAAUCACACUGCCAAUCCGCAAAUGCAAGUCCCAUUUGAGGGCUUUGGAUCUCAAUUCUACCUUUCUCCUAUCAACUACGAUCCACGCAUCACAUUCACUGAAGCUCCUAUAACACGAGCAGCGUGUUACCCGUGUCGGUGGUUGGCCUGCACAAAGGUUUUCCAGAGAAAUAGUGAUCUCAUACGACAUGUCAACUCUCUUCAUUUAUCUCCAGGAUCCUACAUUUGCCCUCAGUGCGGGCACAUCUGCAACCGUAAGGAUAAUUUGAAAAGUCAUCUGCAAAACAUGCAUGGAAUGCAGCUGCAAGAGAGCCAUGCGGCGAUGUCGCAAAUAUGAUCUAUCAUAUGCGUCUCCGAUUCUUUGUUUACUUAUGGCGCACGUUCUCCUUUACCCGCUUGGGGAUCUGCGCCUAGUGAUUUCGGCUUUACCUUGUUAUUAAUUGUGUUUUUAGAUAUAAUAGACGG